UGGACUUUCCCGAUGUUCUAGCACUUCUUUACGUUUGGAAAACUUCGUUCGUCUUUACACUUCGUCGCUUUAGUGAGAUCAAACUGUCUCCGGAACUUCUAUUUCAGAUUACGCAUGAACGUAUUUGCAGCAUCACAAACUGUUUCGCUUUAACCGCGCUCUUGAUCGAGCUGCAGCUGUGCACCAACUUCGAUUCCGAAACGAUUAAAAACAGAUCAUGACCAACAAGAAACUAUACAGAAAACUCCGUAGAAUUUGAGACCGACUUCAGCGUUGGGAGGAGAACCAACUAGGGACAACGAACAAAGUAUUUUGAAAGCCAAACGAGCGGAAACGUGAACGAUUCCUGACGAAAAAUGCACAAUUGUAAAAGCAAAAAGCAAC